AUGGUGAGAACAAUGAUGGAAGAUCCGGAGGGUUCUACCUCCGCAAGGUUAGACAGAAUAGAAAGAAUGAUCAUGGAGAUGGCGGAGACUCUACGGCAACAACAACAGGAGCAGCCACAACCACAGCCGCCACCGCCACCGAUACCUCUACCUGUGGUGCAAGAUUAUCACAUUGAGGACCGAACUAUCACUCUUACAAAGGAAUUCAAGAAAAUAAAGCCAUCAAUAUUUAAACGGGGAAUUGAUCCGAUGAAAGCAGAAACAUGGGUAUUGGGUGUCGAGAAGCUAUUUGAGGUGUUUCCAUGCAUUGAAGCGCAGAAGGUACAAUUGGCUGCUUUCACCCUGGAAGACGAAGCUCGUAGGUGGUGGAUGCUUACAAGAACUGAACAUCAAGGGUUGAUCUGGACUCGAUUUCUGGAACUCUUCUAUGACAAGUAUUUCCCGCAGUGUAUACGAGAUAAGAAGGUGACUGAAUUUGAGACUCUCAGACAAGGGAACAAGACUGUUGCGGAGUAUGAAGCCCAAUUUGCAAAACUAGCCCAGUUUGCACCGCAUAUGGUGGAUACGAAUUAUAAGAAGGCGAGGAAGUUUGAGGGGGGAUUACGGAAUGCUAUCCUUGAUCGAAUCAAUGUGCUGAAGCUACCCACAUAUGUUGAUGUGUUAGAGAGGGCUGUCAUGGCAGAGGGGAAUAUUACUGCACAAAAUCAAAUUUCCGAGUGGAGGGGGAAGAGGCAGAAUACUCAAGUAUCCAAGGGGCCAACACCUCCACCAAAUAAGAAACUGAAUUCGGGAACCUCAAGUACUUCCACUCCUACUCGAGACUCAGCCCUCGUUUGUUCAGAUUGUGGGAAGAAGCACCGUGGGACUUGCUAUUGGGUGACCGGGGCAUGUUUUAGGUGCGGCAAAACAGGUCAUCUGGUAAAGGACUGCCCUCAAAGGAAUCAACAAAAUGGAAAUAGAGCUACUACAAGUUCAGUAGGGUUUACACCAGCUCCCAACACCAAGUCAGCUGCAAAGUUUACCAACAAUAAGGACACCGCUAGGCAAGGAAGGGUGUUUGCGUUGGUUCCGGGCGAUGUGCAAAAUGAUGCAGCCGUGGUGUCAGGUACAUUUAUUAUUCACGGUCAUUCUGCUCAUGUGUUGUUUGAUUCUGGUUCCACCCACUCCUUUGUGUUAAAAAUAUUUGUUCAAAAUUUAGAUAAAUCUGAGGAAUUAUUACCUUAUGUAUUGUGUGUGUCUUUACCUUUGGGGGAUUUUAUGGUCUGUACAUCUAUUUAUUUAGCUUGUGAACUUUUAAUUGGGAAUGUCCGGGUAUAUGCCAACCUGCUACCUCUUGACAUGACUCACUUCGAUAUUAUUCUGGGAAUGAACUGGUUAAAUGAGCAUCAAGCGACUAUUGAUUGUACGACCAAGAAAAUCAGUUUCCACCAUCCGGGGCAGUCAGAAUUCACUUUUAAGGGGCAUGGAGUGAUUUCUCCACCUUAUAUAAUUUCCGCAGUGAAAGCAUACAAAUUGUUACAGAAAGGGUGUCAGGGGUAUUUGUGCAGUGUCUUGGAGGGGCAAUCAACGAAUGGGGGCACUAAUAUGAUUCCAGUUGUCUGUGAAUUUCCGGAUGUUUUUCCGGAGGAGUUACCAGGGGAGUUAGUAGACCGUGAAAUUGAGUUUACAAUUGAAGUGGUGCCAGGAACUCAACCCAUUUCUAAAACCCCGUAUAGGAUGUCACCGGUUGAGAUGAAAGAACUAAAGAUUCAGUUGCAAGAUUUACUGGAUAAGGGGUUCAUUCGCCUGAGUGUUUCUCCUUGGGGUGCACCAUUCCUGUUUGUGAAAAAGAAAGAUGGAACACUUCGAUGA